ACGGGAGACGGUUACGAAGAAACGAAGAGAUUUCAAGACAGGGCAAGGUUCCCUAUAUAAAUCAAGGGCGGUUUAUUUAUGAUAUGGUUCACGUAUGGAAUAUGAGCCAUCAUAACUUACUAUUGUUCGGCAUCCGACUCAAGUGGAGGGCCCAUAGUCGAUCCGCUAGACGGUUCUGGAAUGCGAGGUGAAACUUCUGCCGUCCUUAUUAUAGCAUUCCGCCAAUACAAUAUAUUCUUAUUCUCAUUAUUGCAGUUGUUAUUGCAGUUGUUAUUGCAGUUGUUAUUGCAGUUGUUAUUGUUGUUGUUAUUGUUGUUAUUGUUGUUAUUACUACUUGUACAUUGUAGAGAAGUAUCCGGAGUAUACUCGGCGAUGUACUCUGUACAUAUCACCUCUCAAUUAUACAGGUACUCCCGAUCGAUACCCAUAAUUCUGACUCCUCGCAUGCAAAUGACUUUUCUGCAUCCCGGCUCAAUCGGAUGACGAGUCAGAUACACUAGUGUAUGUUCACUAGUGAUGCUCCAUACUGUUGAGUUAUUAUCCAUGUGAUGUAACUGAAUGUCCAGUCACCUGUCAUCAACAAG